CAGAGGAGCGGUGAGAGGCCGACGCAGGGAUUCAUUUACCACGGGUGAUUGUACUGGAUUGCACGAGCGGACUUCAGGUGUCAACAUGUCAGCAAGUGUCAGCACUGAGGAGAUGGAGGAGAUCAGGGAGGGCUUCCAACAAGUGGAUGUGGAUGGUAAUGGGUACAUCUGUGCCUCGGAACUCGGUGACCUCUUCAACAAGGUGGGCUGUUCCAUGCCCGGGUACCAGGUCAGAGAACUCCUCCAGAAGCUGGACCGAGACAACGACAGCCGCAUCAACCUUGAAGAGUUCACGGCUAUUUUUCAGGAAAUGAAGGACGACCGCAUGUCCCAGAGUUUCAGGAAAGCUCUGAACAAGAAAGAAGGAAUCUUAGCCAUCGGGGGAACCAGCAUGAUCUCUAGUGAAGGCACUCAGCAUUCCAUCUCUGAGCAGGAGCGCUUUGCCUUCGCCAACUACAUCAACUCUUCUCUGGAGAAGGAUCCGGACUGUAAACACGUCCUGCCCAUCAACCCCGAAACUGAAGCUCUGUUUAAAGCAGUGGCAGAUGGCAUCAUACUUUGUAAACUCAUCAACCUCUCCGUCGCUGACACCAUUGAUGAGAGAACCAUCAAUAAAAAGAAACUCACACCUUUCACCACACAGGAGAAUCUGAACUUGGCUCUGAAUUCCGCCUCGGCCAUCGGCUGCCAAGUCGUCAACAUCGGCGCCCAAGAUCUGAAGGAGGGCAAACCUCACCUGGUGCUCGGGCUCCUCUGGCAGAUUAUCAAGAUUGGACUGUUCGCCGACAUAGAGCUGAGCCGCAAUGAAGCUAUAGCAGCGCUGCUGGAGGAAGGGGAGAGUCUGGAGGAUCUGAUGAAGCUCAGUCCCGAGGAGCUGCUGCUGCGCUGGGCCAAUUUCCAUUUGAAGAAAGUCGGCAUGUCCAUAUCGAACUUUUCUGGAGACAUUAAGGACGCAAAGGCGUACUUCCACCUGCUCGAGCAGAUCGCUCCUGACGGCAGCAAAGAGGACGUCCCACGGAUUGAGGUGGACAUGACUGGUCUUUAUGAGAAGGAUCUGAUGAAGAGGGCGGAGUGUAUGCUCAAACAGGCUGACCGCCUCGGCUGCCGGCAGUUUGUGACCGCCACCGAUGUCGUGUCUGGGAACGCGAAGCUCAACAUGGCCUUCGUGGCCACACUCUUCAACAAACACCCGGCGCUCACCAAACCGGAGGACCAAGACUGGUUUCUGGAGAGCGAGACCAGAGAGGAGAGGACGUUCAGGAACUGGAUGAACUCUCUGGGAGUCAGUCCGCAUGUUCACCAUAUCUACGGCGAUCUGCAGGACGCCAUGGUGAUUCUCCAGCUCUAUGAAAGGAUCAAGGUGCCAGUGGACUGGGACAGCAGAGUCAACCACCCUCCAUUCAAGGGAAUAGGAGGAGGGCAUUUAAAAAAGGUUGCCAUAGUGAUGCUAGCCAUGACCCUUUCCUGCACCAGGUAUGCCGUUUCCAUGGCAAGGAAGAUUGGGGCCAAAGUCUACGCCCUGCCUGAGGACCUGGUGGAGAUCAACCAGAAGAUGGUGAUGACCAUCUUCGCCUGCCUGAUGGGGAGAGGCAUGAAGAAGGCGUAAAGGACGGACGGACGGACGGACGGACGCACGCACGCACGCACACACACACACACACACACACAGUCUAGAGAUACAGUAUAAAGAGAGUGAACAUAGCUCUAUUGUCUUCUUUAAAUGUAACGGCUGUGAUACACGGGAACAUUUAAAGACGAUGAUCACUUAUCAUCUCUCAGUCCUGCUGGAAGCAGAAGAAUCAAGGUGAUAGUUGUGCCUCAGCACUUCAGGGUCUUAACACUCUUUCCUGCAGUCUGGCCUCCUCUUGCUGGCUGCAUUGCCUCAAAGUUUCCCAUGUGUCACUGCCUCACGAUAUGUCGACUCAGUUCUGAUGCAUCUUCCAACGUGCCAGCCGAUUCACAGUUUGAGCAUUUAUUGCACUUAAGCCAUAAUACGAUAUUCUUUGCUGAACACCUUUUGGCCUUUUUAAAGAAGAGAUAAUAUGUAUGACCAAAGCUGUGCUCGACUAUAGGCUAUUAAUGUAGGUCCAUGUACUAACUCAUUAAAACAGAUGUGGGUAAAGCUGUUUUAAUGGGAUUUUAAGGGGAUGAAUGAUUAAUGGAUGCAAUAUAUUUAUAUGAGGCAUACGUUUAGGUAUGAUUAAUGGAUCAUCUUUAAGGACUUUUAAGGGCUAAAACCAGAAACUGACUUAAUAACAUGAAUGUCAUAUCUUAAUAUGAAUCUUAACAAGGGUCUUGAUUCUUUAAUUAUGGUGACAGUUUCAUGCUAUUUGGUUAGUAGUAGACUUGCAGACAAUCCAUUAAAACCCAAUUGAUAUGUAAUGCAUUAAUACAUUUAUCAAUGAAUUGACCCAAAAUAAAUGUAUCCAGAAAAAACUUUAACAAUCCCAUUAAUGUGUGGAUUAUAUAUUAUAUUCAAUCUGACGGUAUUAAAAACCUGAAUGCUGCAUAAGAAUCCCUGAAAAUAUUUCUUGACCCGUAACGUUAAUCAAACCCCGAUAUUAGAAACACAUUGAAGCGACAUUUUAGAGGAAUAAAAGUUCAGCUGUUUCUUCUCUACAUUGUUGUCAUCUGAAAUGAAUAAACAGCCAUGAUUGAAAUAUGACUUCAGUUCUGAGACUGUUCCUGAAUUAGUCUAAAAUAUGAAUAUUUCUUUGUCUAAAUGCUGCAGCUGAAUAUGUGGACGUGUUUAAACAUGUUCCAGGUCUGUUGCUGCUGAUGUUAACAUUCCACUACUGUUGUUUUCUUUUAUCCGGAGUGCGUGUCUAUAUCGGCCCUGUGGAAUUUCACUGUGGGCAAAAUGAUUGCUUUACACUAUAGCAAUACUUCCAAAACUCAGUGUAAAAUCAAAUCAAUACUGUUCAAUAAAAGCAUUUUUCCAUGUGUUUGAUUGUUUUUCUAUUUCUUUGUUCUUUUUUUGUUUCUGUCCCAUGUGGAGUAGUUCAAGAUGUUGUGAGUAUUUAAUCAGAGUCCGUCAGUUGACUGGAAUCGAGUUGGGAAAUGAAUGAAUUUGAAAACUAAAGCUAUAAAGUCAUUAAAUCUGCACUUCAAUUAUGUUUUUAAUGUUUUUCUGUCUUUAAAGUGAACACUUUAAAAAGAGUGAUGCUGCAAACGGUUACCUAUAAACAGCUUGUGUGCAUCGGUCGUAC